UGUUUUGCUGGUCCAGCCUGCCUGCCAGAGAGGGGAGUCGAGAGCUCUGCUGGGAACUACAUGGUGCUCAAUUUUUCAAGAUGUCGUCGUUGGAGCAGAGGCUGUCGCGAAUCGAGGAGAAACUAAAGCAGGAAAAUGAAGACGCUCGCCGGAGAAUCGACCUUAACAUCGACAUGAGUCCGCAGCGACCACGUCCGAGGCCAAUCAUCGUGAUCCAGCUCAGUCCUGCUCCAGCCCCUUCCCAGCGUGCAGCGCUCCAGUUGCCACUGGCCAAUGAUGGAGGCAGCCGUUCAUCAUCUUCAGAGAGCUCCCCUCAGCACCACCCCUACCCCAGCCGCCCGCGACACAUGCUCACCCUGCCCACGCCUCCGUACGGCCUGCAGAAGAGCUUAGAGAAUGCAGAGAUCGACCAGAAAUUGCAAGAGAUUAUGAAACAGACGGGUUACCUGAAGAUCGAUGGUCAGCGGUAUCCAGCGGAGGUGACAGACCUGAUCAGUGAGGGGGAGAUCGGCAGCGGGACCUGUGGACAGGUCUUUAAGGUGCGAUUCAAGAAGACCGGCCAUGUCAUCGCUGUCAAACAAAUGCGUCGUACAGGAAACAAGGAUGAGAACAAGAGGAUCCUGAUGGACCUGGAUGUGGUGCUGAAGAGUCAUGACUGCCCUUACAUCAUCCAGUGCUACGGCGCCAUAGUUACCAACACGGAUGUAUUCAUUGCCAUGGAGCUGAUGGGAACGUGUGCUGAGAAGCUGAAGAAGAGAAUCCAGGGCCCCAUCCCAGAGCGAAUCCUUGGAAAGAUGACAGUGGCAAUAGUGAAGGCGUUGCUGUACCUGAAAGAUAAACACGGUGUCAUCCACCGAGACGUCAAACCCUCCAACAUCCUCCUGGACGCUAAAGGUCAGAUCAAACUGUGCGACUUUGGCAUCAGCGGACGCCUCGUUGACUCCAAGGCCAAGACCCGCAGCGCCGGCUGUGCUGCCUACAUGGCACCUGAGAGAAUAGACCCUCCAGAUCCCACCAAACCUGACUAUGACAUCCGAGCAGACGUGUGGAGCCUUGGCAUCUCUCUGGUGGAGCUGGCCACGGGACAGUUUCCCUACAAGAACUGCAAGACAGACUUUGAGGUUCUGACCAAAGUGCUGCAGGAAGAUCCUCCUCUGCUGCCCCUCGGCAUGGGUUUCUCCCUCGACUUCCAGUCCUUCGUCAAAGACUGCCUCACAAAGGAUCACAGAAAAAGGCCAAAAUACCACACGCUGCUGGAGCAUAAUUUCAUCCGCCGUUAUGAGGUGUUGGAGGUGGACGUGGCCGGUUGGUUCCAGACGGUGAUGGAUCGCACCGAGUCGCCUCGCAGCAGCCAGUGUUACAGCCAUCAGCACCAGCUCCACUCGCUCUUCAGUAGGUAGCCUAGCCCAGCCCGGCGUUAGCUUAGCCAGACGCUAGUCUUGCCUAGCUUUAGCUUUGCCAAGCCCAGACAGUCUGUCCUAGUCAAGCCCAGCGUUAGCAGCUAAGCGUAGCGUUAAACCCAGCCCGCCUGUCCAUCUGUCCACCGGAGAACCUGAAGAGCCCAGGGAGGAGGGGGAGAGACGGAGACUUGAUGGAGGGAUGGACGGAGACGUGGACUGAUGGAUGGAUGGAUGGAUGACACAGGUGGUUCUGUUUAUCAGUGUGUUGAAUCUGGACAGGCAGACAUGGGAAGGAGGGGGAGAGAAAAAGGUGCACACUGCAGUUAGCUUCACUCGUUUACACACUGUUGCGUCUCGUCACACUAUCAUAUCACGUCACAUCACUGUGUGUAACAGCCACACACACUCGCAUACAAACUGUGUGUGUAUGUUGUAUGUGUUUCUACAUUUCGUCCACUUGUCAUUAGUUUCUCACCUACAUGUCUGUCUCCAGCAUUGAUCCAAGCCGUUGGAGAAGUCAACAGAGUAGUCACUACACACUGGAUUAAAGCAUCUGCUACAUUAGCAAACCUGAAUCUCUAUUGUACAUAAACGUUCUGGAGGGCACAGCCAUGUCCGGUGCAGUUAUGAUUCUUCAGGUGUUUCUAUUAUCACACAUUCUCAGGCUGUGUGUGUGUGUGUGUGUGUGUGUGUGUGUGUGUGUGUGUGUGUGUGUGUGUGUGUGUGUGUGUGUGUGUGUGUGUGUGUGUGUGUGUGUGUGUGUGUGUGUGUGUGUGUGUGUGUGUGUGCACGUGCGUGUUUCCUCGCCAUUUUCACCUUCACACUACAGCUGUAACACACAAACCACAAUGAAUUAAUCUGUUAGCUGUGCUUCAUUUUUAAUAUGUAAGGAUAGUAACUCUUAUUAACUUUUGAAUAUCCGUCAUUGUAUUUAGCAGCUGCACAAUUGGAAAAACAAUGAAAAAGACUUACAAAAAAAAUAGUGUUAGAUUUUUAGAAAAUUAGUGGGUUUUUUGUGUGUGAUCAGAAUGACUUAGAUAAACUAAAAGAGAUGGAGGGAUACUAAGAAGAGAAGAGAUAAGUUUGAAAGGAGAAGGAGAUUUUUUCGAGGUGUAGGAGAGAAAAGCAGAGAAAGUAGAAGAAGGGAGUUGUACUCUCGAUGGCGAUUUGGAAGCUUGAAUAACUGUUACAAGUGUGAGAAAUGAGAGAGAGCUUGCAGGUACAAAUGGGAGCAGAGUGUUUUUUCAUUGAGAAUGCCAAGAACAGGAACUUAUCUUGUACUAAAAAUAUGAGUGGGGUAGAUCUUAUUACCUGUGGAGCAUUUCUUUACUCUCGGUUGGUCUACCUCUUCCUCCUUGUCCACCUCUCUGUCUGCCUCUUCUGUUUAGUGUGAUCUAGUGCUCCACAGUGUUCCAGACCAAAGGCUGCGUGUAGGUUGUUGUUCGUUGAGGCCAAGAGAUUUAGACCUGCUCCUGCAAAAAUUAAGAAACCUCACAGACACGUCUUGGUAAAGCACGUUUUCUUUGUGUGUUGUAAGAACCUAGAGCAGGGGUCUCAAACUACUAACCUAAGGUCACAUCUGGCCCAUGUUUAGAAUUGAUUCUUGAACUGACUUUGUCUGAUCAGUGAAGGUUUUUAGUCUUUAUAAGUCUUUAACUAACAAUUUCAAUAGCUCUCAAUCGCUAAUCAUCUCCUAAUUAUUUUCUCAAUUAAUCAUUCAGUCAGAAAAAUGUUUCCAAGAGUCAGGGUCAUAAUUGCUUUCCAAAAUGAUUUUCAGUUUGCAUCGUCUAAGACAAAGAAUAGCAGCAAAUUUUUUUUGGGCAGUUAUGCUUGAAAAAACGAUUUAUCAAUUAUCAAAAUUGUUGUAGAUUAAUUUUCUCAUCAAUCGACUAAUGGAUUAAUCAAAUAAUCUUACCUACCUACCAUAAGCAAAGACCAACAGCAGUCAUAUUUAGCCUAGCACAAUUGACACCUAAUUGUCUUUUUCAAACCCCAAAAGAAAGGUUGACUUGGAGCGCAGACAGUUUCAAGAGACCUGAACAAUUGACUAUUUUUCUUAUUGGUUUUCAAUGUGGCAGUUGUAUCAGUCAUCUAAGGACAACGCUGUCGUUCUCUGGGCAUACAAUCAGAAGCAGCAUUAGGGUUAGUGUUUAAGCAGUGAACCUGGAAAACCUGCCUGGCCAGUGGGGCCCCAGGUAAUUUGAAUUUGAGACCCCUGAACUAGAGGAUUGUUAAGAUAAAAUUAAGUGUGUCAGGCUUGAUAAACAAGGCAAACCUGAACUGGUCAGUGUGUUUUAAACUGUGAUGUGUAGAUAUACGUUAUCAGCGCAGGUCUUUAGAGACGGACUGACUAGAGUCCUACUGCCCCCCCCCCUCUUGACGGGCCACAGCCAAAGCCUGCUAGAUGUGCAGACUCAAACCUCCCACACCCCGACACGCACCAAACCAAAUCACUGCUAGACACAGAGAACUGAGAAAUGGCAACGAUAGAGAGAGGAAACUGUUAAGUGUCAGAGAGUGAGAGAGAGAUCCAGGAAUGUUGUCAAGAUGGCAGAAAAGAUGAGUGAAAAUCAAAUGUCAGGAAAAUGAGAGGAGAAUACGGCGUGAGGUGAGAAGGAAGACAGGGAGUAUUAAGAAGGUGUGAUUGGAAGUUAAAGAAAAGUCAGAGACAAACUGGAGUUGGAUGACAAGAAGUAAGUGUUUGAGUAAGGAGGAGAGAUUUAAAAGGGAAGGAAAACAUCCACCUGAGUUUUACAAGAGUGCCGAGCUCUGAGGCUAGCUGGUUAUUGUAAAAAGCUUUCAUGGUGUUACACCAACUUACCAAUUAUGAUUUUAGCGAGUGAGUUAGUGUGUUGUGUUUAUGAUGUUUACUGUUCUGUUCAAACGAUGUUAUUUAUUUACAUUGCUACUGCUGCUGCUACUUUUUAUUGCUUUAGACGCUGCUGUCACUUCUUUUCCCCAAAGGUCAAAUACUUUUUUUCUUUUUUUAAGCCAAAUAAGUGAAAUAAUGCAAUGUCCACACGUGUUACCAAAUACAGAGCAAGUCUGAAGAGUGCAAAAGCAAGUGAGAGAUGGAUUAGAUGAGAAGGUGCAGGGAGGUUGGCUUCACAAAAAGUUCUAACUAACACAAAAUAUAAACACACCUCACCUCAAAUGUAGCUCUAUGUGUAAUGGAAGUAGUUAAUCAUUUAUAUCCUGACGUCACACUAAACUGUACAGUGUAGAUAUGAUUAGAGGGAAUGUCUGUCCAGAUGCUUUUUGUCACAUCCAUCCUUCACUCCGUCCAUCAAUCCCUCCAUCUGUCCACAGGUCGCCUGCAAGCUUGACAACCUUGACAGUUCCCACCAAAGGUGUCCACAACUCAACAUAAAUACGAAAAGAGUGUUGUUAUUGUUAUGACUAUUGUUUAUGACCUUAUAAUUGAUUACUCUCAGCUAUGAUAUAUAUGAAAUCUCUCUAUAGCUAGUGGGAGAGGGUGACGGGAGGGGGACGCUGUACUAUAGCAGUGCCAUGUGUGUGUGUCAUAUACUGUACAGGGGGAGACUGGUGCACUAACACAAGACAGGGGCCAAGCAUUAAAACCAGCUGGCUCAUCCUUCUACUCAGUGAAUUGACUCACUUUGGGCCUGCAUCAGGAAGUAAAUCCAACUUAGUCUGGCUGUGUCUGGGCUUCACUGAGCCACUGAACAUGAGCGAUCCUGGUUAACUGGUGUCACACAGCUGCUUAUCAACUCCAAUCCAGUCAUGAGGGCGCUCAUGUUAAAGAGUUCUUAAUCGCAUCCAAUCAAAUGUAACAUCAUCAAACCCAUAAGCGGAGGACUUACUAUGACACAGGUCAUUAGGUUAGUGCAGCAGCAAACAUUGAUGUGAUUCAAGUGAAAUAUAAAAUCCUUACAUACCUAGAGUAGAAUAAGUAAGGCUUAACAUAAGUGUACAAGGUAUUUUUAAAGGGAUAUUUCAGACAAAUUAGGAAAUCUGGGCCUCUGCUGCUUUGAUUGUAAUCAUUUUUUUUUCUUUAGGUCCCUAAGUAACCAAGAUACACACUGAGCGGGACAUUUUACAGUUAAAAUAAUCAACAUGUCAAUGCUCUCUGGUUGUCAAACUAUGUAAAGGUGACACUGUUUCUCAAUUACCUCAAAUCUUGUUACUUAUCUACUAACAUAUACACAGAUCUGAAAUAAGCAGUCUGUCCAAUUUACUAGUCCUGCUCUACUACAUUUCCCGUGAAAAUAACCUUGAUUAUAAUCAGGGCAAUUUUUUUCUCCAACUUAGGACGCUCCCACCAGUACUGAGAAGGCUUAAUACAACUGAUGAGUAGACUAAACUUUCUGUGUAAAAAGUGAGGUGUCACUUUAAGUGCUAUUGUGGAUAAAGUGUGUGAAAGUUAUCUACACUGUCAGGUGUAACAGUAUUAAUAUGAAGCUAUAAUGGUCAUUCAUAAGGCUGUUUAGUGUGGUCAUUUAAAUCUCUUCAACUGCCCCGUUUUAAACCCACAGUGGAGACAUGGUUGUAUAAAAACAAACUCCCAACUUAUGGAAAUCAAAGUAACUCUAUUGAUACAUUAAGACACUCUGUAUGCCUGUCUCUUAAUUACCUCUUACUUUAAUGUGAACUCUGUACUAUCUUUUCUGAAUAAUGACUCCAUGUUUCCACUAAUUGGUCAGUAGGUCGAUCUGUUGGCAGGUUUGGAUCUUCUGAAGUUAACCUGCUGUAGAGGUUACCAUGGGGAUCUACCCUGGUUAAACGUGAGCCAGCUUUGUGAUACCAGUAAACCUGCGUUUAGCCCAAAGACAGCUCAUGUCACUUCGUGAUGCAGGCCCCUAAGCAAAUGUGGUGGUGAGCUGGCACUGCUCCGUCAGCUCAGCUUCUGUCGGGUUUUGAUCCGAAGACCUGAAACUGAUUUAGCUUCCAACAGUAGACAGGGACUUUUUUUUGUUGGUCGUCCUGCUCUUGUAAACCCUGCAGAUGACAGUAUUCAGAACUGAUCAUGACAGAUCUCCUCAGCCUCCCUGUUAAAACUCUUGUAUAAAGAUGUGGAUCUGGUGCUUAGUAUCCAGCAGCUGUACUGCACUGCCAGUGCAGCCUGAGGUGUGAACUACUCAUUGGUGCAGUUUCAAUAAGAGAUGGGGCAACCCACUCUCACUACAACAUUCACUGUUCAAACUGUGUGUGUGUGUGUGUGUGUGUGUCUGAACACAAAGCUGUGCUCAGUCUCCCACUGUCGAGGUUCUCCGUUAUUGAGCUGAUGUGUAUUUUACAAACAUACACUCGCUCAGCCGUGCUGUUUGUGUGCAUUUUCAUCCCAAGUCCUGAUUGGGUGACGGUGCCACGCUACGCCUCUGUGAAACCAAUCGUGUGUGUGUGUGUGUGUGU